GGAAAUCAAAAAUGCAUGCCUUGCGAUUGUCUGCUAAUCGAACGCCAAGUGUCGCUCGGGCUUUCAGGCAAGGACCGCCGACUGCCUUCACGCUUCAUGAUAUCCUAUGGCAAAAUACUACGCGCCUGCCCUGUUAUAAGGCUCCGCGGAGGCCAUUGUCUACACAAAUCCCCCAAUCUUCUGCUCCUCAUCCGGGUCCCAGAUAUGUCUCGGCGCGAGAGAUGUACGCGCAAAGAAAUCGCAGCCUGCUUAUGUAUACCUCUGCCGUGAUAGUGUUUGCGGUUGGUGUGACUUACGCUGCUGUUCCUCUUUACCGCAUGUUCUGCGCCGCGACUGGAUUCGCGGGUACCCCUAUGGUCGGUACAGGAAAGUUCGAAGCGGAACGCCUAGUACCAAUAGAGGGUGCCAGGCGCAUCAAAGUAGUUUUCAACGCGGAUAGAUCAGAGCAGCUGCCCUGGACGUUCACUCCUCAGCAGAAGUUUGUUACUGUGCUUCCGGGUGAAACAAGCCUGGCUUUCUAUAAGGCGAAGAAUACGUCCUCUGAGGACAUUAUUGGGAUUGCUACGUAUAAUGUAACACCAGACAGAAUCGCUCCAUAUUUUGCGAAGGUGGAGUGCUUCUGUUUUGAGGAGCAGAAACUGCUUGCGGGGGAGGAGGUAGAUAUGCCUCUCCUCUUUUUCAUUGACAAGGACGUGCUCGAGGAUCCGGCGUGCCGAGACCUGGACAACAUCGUGCUGUCCUACACGUUCUUCCGCGCGCGUCGGAAUGCCCAAGGACAUCUCGAGCCAGACGCGUCGGAAGAGGUCGUGCAGGCAUCGCAGGGGUUCGGCGAGUACGAACAUGCGCCAAAGACCGAGGUUCGAAAUGCCAUCGCAGUCGGAAAAUCAGCGUCAUCUUGAAAUCAUCCGUGUGCGACUAUUGAGAUUCUCUGCGGGCCGAGUCCGGACUGGGUUUGCGACAUAUGGGCGUAGAUGUACGGACGAUGUCAGUUGUUGGCAAUUCAUAGCACCUGCAUCUUUCGUUCACCG